GGCGAGCGGUUGUGUUAUUUGCUGCAGACGCGAGAAGCUGCCGAAAAUCGUGCUAAGUCGAGUGUUGCCCAAACUGUUGCUGCUGAUCAAGACAAGCAAAAGAAAAUGUGUUAUAAAACGCCGUCAGAAUGCGCCUAAUAAAACGCUAACAAAACGCUCGAAAUCAAAAUCACCGCUGAUGUAUAAAAAGCGCUCUCAAAGAAAAUUCACAAUGAAAAUGUGCAAAUCGCUGCCAUAAUUAAUAACUACUUCAACAGCUGCGAUAGUCAUUUGAAUGAAUCGUGUGAAAUGUGUUUCAAUAUAAAAUAUAUAAUUAAAUAAAACUGGUAAAAAGAAAGUGUUUAACUGACCUUGUGAAAUGUCCAUAAAACAUACUCAAAGAUUCGGGCUGGCUAACGCCUGGGCGUAUGCAGUAAAUAUUUUCAUGCUGCUCACAUUCAUGUGCCAGAAAUGCAGCCUGCAAAGAAUUGACGUGCCAGCCGAAGUAAUUGUUGAUCCCAAAUUUAGCUAUCCAAUCGCAAAUGUGACAGCGCCAGUGGGACGUGAUGCUUUCCUCACAUGUGUCGUGCAGGAUCUGGGCCCGUAUAAGGUUGCGUGGCUGCGCGUCGAUACACAAACAAUUUUGACCAUACAGAAUCAUGUUAUAACCAAAAAUCAACGCAUCGGCAUUGCCAACUCGGAGCACAAGACCUGGACAAUGCGCAUCAGGGACAUCAAGGAGUCGGAUAGGGGCUGGUACAUGUGCCAAAUAAAUACGGAUCCAAUGAAAAGUCAAAUGGGCUACCUGGACGUUGUGGUACCGCCGGAUAUCCUAGAUUAUCCUACAAGCACGGACAUGGUCGUACGGGAGGGCAGCAACGUGACGCUCAAAUGCGCUGCUACCGGUUCACCAGAGCCGACAAUUACAUGGCGACGUGAAAGUGGAGUGCCCAUCGAGUUGGCCAACGGCGAGGAGGUUUCCAGCAUUGAGGGCACGGAUCUGAUAAUACCUCAGGUAAAACGUCAACACAUGGGCGCCUAUCUAUGCAUAGCUUCAAAUGGAGUCCCUCCCUCAGUGAGCAAACGGAUAACACUUGUGGUGCAUUUUCCACCCAUGAUCACGGUGCAGAAUCAACUAAUUGGCGCCGUGGAAGGCAAAGGUGUUACUCUGGAAUGCCAAUCGGAAGCAUAUCCCAAAUCCAUUAACUAUUGGACUCGUGAGCGUGGCGAAAUCGUGCCACCAGGCGGUCAAUACACGGCAAAUGUUACAGAAAUCGCCGGCUAUCGCAGCUCCAUGAAGCUGCACAUCAAUCCGCUGUCGCAGGCGGAAUUUGGCGCAUAUCGCUGUGUGGCCAAGAACUCACUGGGCGAUACAGAUGGCACCAUCAAGCUAUACAGAAUACCACCAAAUGCCGUCAACUAUGUGGAGAACUUUGAGGCGCGACACAAAGGUAAAGAGCGCACGAAAAGCUCGGAAAUGUAUCAUUCGUCGAGGGCGCAGGAGCACAGCGGUGAGGACACCGAGAAUCCCGGUAAGCGAAAAGCUGAUUUGAGUCUUAGUGCGGAGAGCAUUGACAGCAUAUAUGGAUCAUCGGCAGCUGCGCUGCGGCUAACCAGAAAAUCUGGACGACUCUCCCUCAGCUGUCUGUUGCCCACCCUGUUGCUGCUGCUUUGGAUGAUGAGGACGACAUUGACGAGGCAACUGGGAAAAACUCAACUGGCAUUGUUGCCACAAGCACUGACACAUGUUUGACACAGACGCGAAGCGCCAACAGAGAUUAGACAGCAGCAGCAGCAGCAGAAGAUGGCGCUGGAGCUGGAGCUGGAGCCGGAACUGGAGCUGGAGUUGGAGGCGAUGGCAAUGCGAUGAUGGUGUUUGGGCUUGAUUGAGUUUGUCAAUGCCAAAAGCUGGUGCUGAUUUAUGGCACGUGGCUUAGUUAAAGUUGAACGUUUAAAAAAAAAACAUAUAUCAUAAAUAAGUACGUAUAUUGUGUAGCUACUAAAUAUUAAGUCAACCAGGCUUCCUAAUCCCUACGCGUGCAUGUUCAAGCUGUUGAAUCUUAGCAUAAGUUUAGCUUAAACUGAGAAUUAUGUAAUAUAUACAUAUAUAUAUAAAUCAGAAGCAAAUAUAUAUAUAUAUAUUAAUGCAAAGGCAAAUUGUAUGGCACGUGUACAUAAACGUACAGCAAAGCGGUUUUUUUUUAGUUUUUAGGUGUAAAUUUGUAUUAAGCCAUGUGGACAUAAUUGAAGAGACUGUAUGUGUGCAAAGUAACAUUUAAUUGCAGCUAAAUUGAAUGCUUAAUUAUAAUUGUAUUCGAUUGGGGAAACUAAUUUUAAGGCAAGGCAACAUUUAAUUACAACUGGAGCGGUCUGAGAGCUGAAUAUAAUGCAGUUUAAAUAUUCGAAGCAAGCCGAAACAUAACGAAAAUAAUCAACAACAAAAAUAUAGCAAAAAUUUACGUAGCACAUGCUCAGCAGCUGGCUGUGUAUGUGGCAUAUAUUUAAAAAUAAUAUAUAUAUACUCUAUAUAUACCACAAGAAAUAUUGAGUAAAUAUUCAAAUUGACAUUUCGUUAGUUUCCAUUAAGUUCUACUCUUCAGCUUCCCAGCUCAACAUCCGUUCCAAGUCGACAAAAAAACAUUAUUAAUUAAAUAUUAAAUUAAAAAAAAAAACUUCAUACAUAUCAUUUACUUAAUAUAAAAAUCACGAAAAAAAAUCGUAUAUAUCGUGCUAAUUAUUUGUUUGGCAAGCAAUUAAGAAUUUCAAAUAUAAAUACACUUGACAUAUAUAUUUAAAAAUAAAGUUAAUACUGUAAAAUACAUAUAUAAGCGAAGUAUAUUAAAAGCACAAAUAAAUAUCAUACUAAUAAAUAAAACAAACCCCGACGCUAUGCAGCUUGAAUAUAUUUAAAUUAAAAGCGAGUAUUUAAACAAUCAAUAAACAAAACAAACAAAAAAUUGCAUAUUCAUUUAUAGCUUACAACAAAAUGUAUAUUAAAGAUUAAUGAAAAGAAAAAAGUAAAUAAAUUGUUAUACAAAAAGCAAAUAAAUGGAGUUAAAUAUAUAUAAAUAUAUAUAUACGCAUAGCUACUCAUUGU